AUGAAUAAUAGAAAACAUGAUGAAAGAUGUCCUCUUAUUGUUAUACAUAAUAUAACAAGAUUAACAACAAAUGAAAUUGAAAGAUAUUGUAGAAAAUAUGAUAAAAAUCUUCGUUGUUUUCGAAGAAAAAAUCAAUAUAAUCAUCAAUAUAUGCUUGUUUUAUUUUCAUCUAUGAUAACAGCAAAUCAGUAUCUUAACGAUCGACCACAUUUUAUUCAAAAUUGUCGAAUAAAUACAUCAUUAGUUAGUGAAUCUUUCUAUGGACCAAAAUUUCUUUGUGUACAAAUAAAUAAAUAUGCUUCAAUUACUGAAGAUUGUUUAUAUGAAUAUACAACAAAACAUUUCGGUCGUAUACUUAAUUGUGUUUUCUAUAAUUUUCGUGGUUAUGCAUUUAUUGAAUUUGAUCAAUUAGAUGAUGCACAACGAGCAUUAUCAUCUUCUAAUAAUGAAAUAAAUGGUUGUAAAUUUCAAUAUUAUCCUCGACAUAAUAAUUCAAAUAAAAUUCUUCCAUCAUUACCAUUAACAAAACUUGUUCAUAUUGGAAAUUUUUUAAGUAAAGAUCAAGAUAAAUUUCUAAAUUAUUUUCCUAAUUUACAAAAUUUUACUACACAUGAAAGUUGUUAUGGAGAAAUUUAUAUCUUAGGUUUAUUUAAUAUAAAUGAUAGUAUUGAAUUAUUAUUAAAACGACCAUUUUUUUUAAAUGGACGUAUAUUAAAUAUAUUCAUUGAUAUUGAUGAUAAAUUAACUGAAUGUAAUAAUUAUCUUCUUGUACGUAAUGUUACUUAUCGUCUUACUGAUUAUAAUUUAUUUGAAUAUUUUUCAAAAUUUGGUUAUAUACUUAAUUGUUAUCGAUAUGGACAAACAAAUGCAUAUCGUAUACAAUAUCGUGAUAGAAUAAGUUUACAUAAAGUAUUACAAUUUAAUCGGAUACAUGUUAUUAAAAGUGUUCAAUUACAAAUUGAAGAGGAAUAA